GGGUCUGGAGAUAGACAAGCCCAAGACUCAGGCUGUUGGUAGCCUCCACAGGUGUGGGGGACCUGACUAGGGUACAGCAGCCAGAGGAGCUCAGUUGAGAUGCUGCUGGGUGCAGCUGGAGUAGUGAGGGUAGGCCGCCCUCUGCCCUUCAUUUCCUUGGUUUCUGGGGACCAGGGGUCCUCCGCUGUUCCCCAGAUCUGGCCCUGUGGGCCUUGGGAGGCGGGGCUGGCAUGGCCUCCUGGCACCUGCUUCAGUGGGUUGUGGGUGCACUUUGGCCACCUCUAUAUCCGGGCACUGCAGUUCCACUGGCCAAGGGCAGGAGUGAGAGGAGACCCCAAGUUCCCGCGCCCUACCCUGGUUCUUCUCUGUGGCUCCGCAAGCGGAUAACCACGUGGGCGCGGGAGCAGCCUGAGCCUCGAGAGCGGGCCCCUCCUGGGCUGGGGUCCUCACCCGCCCCGCUAGCCAUACCUGCCGCUGCCGCCGCCGCCGCUACAGCCGCAGCCGCCGCCAAGCCCAGCCGCCGCCCGCACAUCCCGCGACGCCCCCGGCCGCCACGGCGCACGGCGGCACGCACGGCGUACAACACGCGGCCCCGGCACGCAACGCGGCUCCCGGCGCUGGGGUCGCUCUGCGGGCUGCCACCCGAGGUGAGGCUCAGCCCAGGGACAGAACUGGUGUCAGAUGUGGAAUCUGGAGCUUCACACACAAUACCUAAUUGCUCUGCCAUAGAGCUGCUGCCCAGGCCAGAACAUCACUUCGGUAAACGAGGGUGCAACCCACAUGGCAGCAUAGAGGAGAAGAGAAGGUUCAUUGACCAUCACACUGCUGCAUAGCUGAGUGGUGUGCAGUCUUGGGUGCACGACAUGGGCCUUGAGCAAUCAAGACAGUGCCCCCAACUUCCUAGAUGGCUCCUCAUCUACUACUCAGUCAGCCUGACCUCCAUCUGUGCCUGGUGACUUCUGGCCUGAUCCUGAUCAUAGAAGUCAUAACAUGCUGUCUGCACUGGAAGUCUCUGUGAUGGGAUCACACAGCACAUCUCUUCAUCUCUGUUCAGCUGGGCAUGCUACUGAAGGGCGGAUCACCUGUCAGUACUCAGGUCUGGACAGCUCAUCCAUCCUGCUAAUGGAAUGUUCCUGGGUUUUGGCUGUUAACAUAGAUUUUAGAAAUCUUUGUUUUUAUUCUACUUGGGAAGGUCCCUGAGAAGGGAGUGGCUGGUUACAUGUAGUGCCUGUUUAAUUUUUCCAGAAAUUGCCGUGCUUGCUUCCAGAGUUGCUGAGAUCGUGAAUCUCUGGCUGUUAUUUUAUAUCGGAAUGGGUCCUUCCCUAUCCAGGUAGAAGGUCACAUGUGGCCUUGGCUGGCUCUUGCUAUACUCCUUGCCCCACUAUUAAUUACUAUGGAGUUAGGACCAUGGACACUGGUCUUAGGGGUAUGUGAUCCUCUAUGCUUGGCAAGAAAGGGACAGAGUGUUUUGCCUGGUAGGCAGUGUGAGCCUCCUGGUCUCCCAUGGCAGAGGUUCAAGCCUUGGAACACUUACAGGACUGUUUUGUUGUAUUCUAAAAAAACUGCCAUGGCAGACAUAAAUAUAAAACUAACCAUUUUAAAGUCAACAAUUGAGUAGCAAUUGGUAUAUUCACAGUGGUGUGUAAUGAUCAUAUAUCAUAUCCAAUUUUUCGCCUCCUGAAAGAAGCUCUGCUAUUGGGGCAGACAAAUCCCUCUCUCAACACCCAGCAGCUACUAAAUACUGGCUCUUUCGUAAUGGUUUUCAUUGCUGGCGACGAAAUCCAGAGCCUUGAACAUACUAGGCAACCCCUUUACCACUGAGCUACACCAUCAACCCUUUUUAAAAAAUUUGAGACAGUGUUUUGCUAAACUGCCCAAGGCUGGCUACAACCUUGUGAUCCUCCUACUUCUGCUGGGUUAUGGCAUGUACCACCAGGUACACUUCCCUCCAGAAAAAAAUUUCUCCUUGUUUAUUAUGAGUUUUAUAUGUUGGGGGGUUCCAUCUAUUUGAGUUAAUUUUUUUGUAGCAUGAAGGGUCCAACUUCAUUCUCUCGGUGUAUAUAUCCAGUCUCCGCAGCACCAUCAUUUGUUGAAAGUAGCUUUUACCUCAACAAAUAGUCUUGGAGGCCUUAUCAAAAACCAUUUGAUCACACAUGCACAGAUUUUACUCUGGGGUCUCUAUUCUGGUCAAUUGUUCUGUGUGUCUGUCUUGGUGCCAAAAACCACACUGUUCUGAUUGUGGUAGCUUUGUAGUAAGUUUUGAAAUCAGGAAGUGAGACCUCCAACUUUAUUCCUCUUUUUGAGAUUGUUUUUGUUAUUUGCAAUUCCAUGUGAAUUUGAAAACUGGAAUUUUCACUUCUACAGAUAAAGGCCACUGGAAUUCUGACAGGAAUUGCAUGAGCCUUAGGCUACUAAGGUAGUACUGCCAUUUAAAAUUUUCCUGUUCAAGGAUAUGGAUGCUUUUCCAUUUUUUCAGGUUGUCUUUAACUUCUUCCAGCAGUGUUUUUCAUUGUUUGAGUUUUUCAUCUCCUUGGCUGGGUUUAUUUCUAGGUAUCUUGCUCUCUGUUAAAUGAUGCUGCUUCCUCAGUUCCAUUUAAUAAUCUUUAAGUGGCUAAAGACCCACUGACAAAGUAACAGAGAGCCUCUGGUCCAGGGCCAUGCAGACCUGGCUCCCAGUGUGAUUGUGAACACUGAGGCCCCAUGGCUGCUGCAGCAGGAGCAGAGGACGGGAUGGAGAGUGGACCUGACCCAGCUGUUGUUCUAUAUAUGGCUGAUGGCCACAGCCUGGUGGACAGUGCCUAUUGAUUAGAAUCCCUGUGAAGUGGUGGCCCUUCAAGGGGCUCGUUCCAUGUGAGGUGAUCCUGUCUGAGGAAUCCCUACCCCCAUGGUGUUGGGAGGUGGAGUGUUCAGUUUGUGAGCACGUUGGGUUCUUUUUUUUUUUUUUUUUUUUUUUU